CCAUCUGACAUCAUUGUGGUUUUAUGAACUCUGUCCAGAUGCAUGUUUUUCUUCAUUUAGUUGUACUGAGUCUAUCUAGACCUCUGCGUCUUCUUAAUAGCUUUCUUUAUUUUCCUAAGAAACGACAACAACACAGCUCGGUGACCUGUUUUCACUAUCCUAAGGAGAUACCAUGAGUAAUCCAAUUGGAAAUGAUGCACAAUCUGUCCAAGAUGAAGAAGACCGUGAAGGUGAGUUGCUCUGCUUGAAGAUUAAAGCCCAGUUGGAGGAUUUGUUCUCCAGCAGCCACCUGGCAGAGGACGGCUUCCUGCUGAAACAUGUGCAGAAGAACAAACAGGGCUACGUCAGCCUCAAGCUCCUCACUUGUUUGAAAAAGAUAAAGGUCCUGACCACAGACUGGUACAUGACUCUGGCAGGAGCAGCGUACUCAGAAAUUCUCGAGGUGAGUGAUGACUGCACCAAAGUGAAGAGGAAAGAGACGCUCCCCGAGUGGCUGCUGUGUUCCCCCACCAGCAAGUUCCUCCUCGUCUGGAACAUUUCUGUGGAGUGGUGGAAAAACGAAGGAGGCCCCGAGCACCCAUCACUGUACGAGAGGAUCCUCCAGAAGUUCAGCGCCCACGGCAACGUUACCUCACUCUGGAUCCUACAUCCUGGCGAAGAGCUUCCCAAGGAGCUGAAGUGCUAUGCCAAGCGUCACAAUAAGCUCGGGCAAGACUUGUGUGCGGUGGUGAAGUUUGAUAAAUUGGAGGCGGUUCGUAAGGUCUACAGCGCCCUGAAAGCAGAGGAGGAGAAGUCUAACGGUGAGGGAAUGCGUGUGGUACCUUUAGGAUUUUUCCCAGUGCACCACAUCACUAGGGACAAAUCAUCAGAGGAAAACAGCGAGGACCAACCUGCAAAGUCCUGGAAAAAUCCACUUGAAACCUCAGAGGAUUCUUUCCAGGACGAAUCCUCUUCGCCAGUUAAAGUUCCUAACGAGUCUCCAGACACAUAUCAGCCUCGGGAGUCCUUGGAUAACUCCAUACAAAGAACCUCUGAGCAGAUCUCCACCAGCUGCUACGGCCAGUCUUUCUUUGGGUUGCAUCAGAGGUACAGUAGGACCGGCUGGAGCUCUGUGGUCAGUGAUAAAGACGACGCUCGGAUCCCCUGGGUGCUCAGGCGUAAAUUUGCAGCCAGUGCACUAAACCCCAAGGUGUCUGGGCACCCGUACGCACCCUGCUCGAUGCAAAGAGUGCUGCGUCAGCCGUUCGGCCCUGAUGGCACCAAGGGCUUUCAGGGCAGGAGGAAGCCGCUGUAGCAGAAAGCGUUCAAAGUCUCCCAUGCAUGCAGCAAAGCCAUCUGUGCUGAAUCACAGCGGCACAUUUGUGAAGUAGGGAAACAAAAAUAAUUCUAAAAGCUGAUGAAGCUCAUAAAAAAAAUAUUUUUUUUCCAUUAAAUGACAAAAGCUUCUUAAGUUUUG